GCAACUUUCAAAGGCAACAACAACAUGACUGUUGUUCAAAAUCACCGCAAAUAUUGUAUUUCCCCCAGUUAGUAACCGAGCCAGCCGCAUAAAACAAUGACGACCGACGAGAGCAUAAUGGAGGAGAUGCUGGAUAGAGCAACGAAUCCGGCAAAGGAAAGAGUUGACGAACUGGGCGUGCAAAUGUUCUGCAUUGUGGUCCGCAGCAAUGGCCAGCUGGUGCACAAGGCGCAGGAGAUGAUUGUGGCCAAGGUGCGAUCGGCCAACGUAACCGAAGCCACCCGGGCCAUUUCGCUCCUAGAGGAGUGCAUGACCCAGUGCGGCGACGAGUUUCAGGACGAGGCCGCCAAGUUUCGCUUUCUAAACGAACUGAUCCGGCUGGUGUCAAAGAAGUACAAGGGUGCCGAGACCCCGCACGAGGUUAAGCAACGGAUCAUGGAGUGCCUGCUGCUCUGGACUACCGAGUUUCCGCAGCGCCAGAAGAUCCGUGAUGCCUACGAUAUGCUGCGCAAGGAGGGUGACAUCGAGCAUGGCACCACAGAGGCGGCGGUGGCCAAGCGCGAAAGCGUCCUGGGUACCAUCGACGAGGCCAUGUUCGCCAAGCUGAUCAAAAGCAAUAAUCCGGAGAACUUCAAGCGGGCCAAUCUGUUGCUGCAAUACCGCAUGGCUCAGGAGGCGCGCCGCAAUGAUCUGUUCGCCCAACACCGCCUGGUGCUCAGCGAGGUUCAGGAGACGAUGCAGCUGCUCAACCAGAUGCUGGACACCUACGAUCCCUCCAAUCAAGAUGUCAACGAGACGCUGCAUGAGCUCUACAAGAUCUGCAAGAAGCACAAGCCCAUCUUCCAGCAUCUGCCGCAGCUGCUGGACAAUUCCGAUGCCCAGCUAGUAGCCGACACUCUGGACGCCAACGAGGCCCUGCUGUCCACCAUGCAACGCUACAAGCAACUGGUGCCCUCACCAACGAAUAUCUCGGCUCCGGGUUUGCCCAUAACUACAUCUACUAGCGCUGGCACUGCCACUUUGACGACACCGUCAGGCUCCAGCAAUGCCCUCCUGCUCAACGAACUCCUUGGUGAUUUACUUAUCAAUAGCGGAAGCAGCGGCUCAGGCACAGCCUCAGCCAAGGAAUCGGCUACCAUCACACCCCCAGUGGCCGCCAGCAAUAAUUCCACUUCGACGGGAGCGGGAAACCCCCUGGCUGACCUCAACGACAUCUUCAGCAGCGCCUUGGCCGAAAGCGAGGCCAAGCUUAAUCAGCCUACAUUCCAGAAUGCGAGCACAUUGCUUGAGCCUCAGGUUCUGAGUCCCACCUCCACCACCGUCGAGGGUUUGGCCAACGGCAGCGUGAGCGACUCGGGCCAAAAGGCAGGAACCACUGCCAGGAAGAUGCCCCAGAUCGAUAUGCUAAGCGAGGAGCUCUUCCAGCAGAUAUUGCCCACUCAAGAGCGUAUGACCAGCUUCAAGCGCGAUCCUGAAAAGAUUACCCUCAAUGAUCUGGCCCGGGACAGGAUGCACGUAAAGGUGCCGUCCGAUAUGGAGGAAAAGAAUGUGAAGCAGCCUGCUCCCGCCAACGACCCGGUUGAUGAUGUUCCUUUGCUUGAAAGCGAGACAGUGAGCAAAGUGGAGGAGGAAGCGGUGCCCAAAGUGGAAGAUCUGGUGGUGGCCAAGCCGCUCAGCGAGAUUCACGUGGACCUGGACAAUAUCCAGGCCACCGGGGAGCAACGCACCGUUCUGGACGAUGAUGACAUGCAGCUCAGUUUGAACUUCACCAGCGAUCGGCCCGGCCAUCGUGUCUCGGUGAUUGUGAUAUCGGCCCAGAACAAGAGCCGCCAGCCUGUUCGUGAUUUUCAGUUCGAGGCGAGCGUGAAAAAGCCCUGCAAGGUGCGUCUGUUGCCGCCCACCAGCAGCGAGAUGGCACCCCACAAACCCUUUCGCCCGGCCACGCCCAUUAACCAGGUGAUGCUGCUGCUGAAUCCCACUGGCAAGGCCGUCGACGUUACCUGCAUCGUGGGCUACCAGCUGGGUGAGGAUCCCGAUCCCAUCAAGGAGUCCGUGGUGGCCCUAGGCAUACCCUACGCCGAUUGAAUCCCGUCCGCAAUAACCAAAAAAAAAAAAAGAAAACAAGAAAAAGUCAAUUGCUUAUCCCCUCCCAUCCCUAUUUCUUAUGGCGAUCUAAAAGAUUAUUUGGUUUACUUUCCUUUAAUUUGUAAUGUUGUGUUGUGUAUUAUUCAAAUUGUAAACUUUUGCACACAUGAUUUAGUCUUAAUAUAAUAAUAUAAUGUAAUAAUUAUGUAUCAAAGGUUUAUAUAUAUAAAUUAUUAAAAAGUCGCUACAAAA